UCGAACCUGCGACCUUUUCGGUUACAAGCCCAGUUCCUUACCCACUGUGCUACACUCCGUCCACACUCCGUAAACAAUCUUGUUCUACGGCCAGGUGUUGACUCAUAGCCCAAGAUUAAAUGCAUCCGUCGUUCCUAGUGCACUACACGGUUCAAAUGAAUCCCCUUUCUUCUUUAUCCAUUGUGUAAAAAUGUUCCAAUGAACGGGUGAUUUAAGCAAGCAAACAUAGUUCGCGGUGCUGCGCGGUUAUUGACAGGAGCGAGUAAAGCGCGUGUCCGAAAGCUAGAGCAAUGUGGGCGUGUUGAAUGGGCGUCUCCUAAACCAACGUGUUGUCUGUGUACAUAGUAAGCGAAUAUGAGACAGCGUAGCAGAACGUGACAGAAACAUCGCGGUGAGGUCAUUUAAAUUUGGGAGCGCACGGCGAGGACAGGAGCCCGCUGUGAAUUCAAUAGCUUGUUGUAAGGACAGGGGCAAGAAAAAAUCCAAGAAUUUAAAGAUAUUGUAAAUAACUAACAAGAACAGCCGUCCGACAGACCAACAGCGCAAACGGGAUUUUGACAUGCACUGGCCGAAAUCGCCGAAGGAGAAGCCGUGUUACUCCUUGCCCACUGUGAAGAAGCUCUUGGAGCAGAAGCGAAAGCGAGACACUUCAUCUGCAUCUUCCUCCUCCUCCUCUUCGGCAGAGACCGGCGCGGGUGCCUCAGCUCUCCCGGUGUCAACACCACCCCAAGCUACUGUAACAGACGCCUCCGGCAGCUAUUCCAACACCAUGGGCGCGAUGGCACCCCUGCCGCCUUCGGGGUACAGCAGAUGGAGCGUGGCCGGCUCCCAUCAGCCCCUGCAGCAGGACUGCCCCUUCUCCCCCAUGGCGACGAGCUAUUUCCCCCUGUCCGGCGCGCAGGACUACAACUCCCAGGGCCAGGCCUACAGCCCGGCCCUCACCUCCAGCUUCCCCACGCAGCCCGCACAGGACUACAGCGGCGCCAUGAGCAUCCACGCCUACCCGGGCGGAGCGGUGACAUCGUCUCUGCCGGACGCGGUGCACUCGCCUGCCCUGCAGCCGCCCGCUUACUCCUGGGCCCUGGCAAGCGGCCUCCAGGCCCAGGCCAACCCCGGCGCGGCGGGACACUUGAACCUGGAGACCCUGGACGAGGCCAGGAUGUUCCUGCGGGGAAUGGACAACAGCAAGAAGACCUGGCAGGACGAGGACGGGGACACGAUCCUGCACAUCUACACCGCCAAGGGGCUGCGGGAGUACGCCCUAGCGGCUGCAGAGAACCUCCAAGCACUGGGGAGGCUGGAUUCCAAGGAGCACAAGGGGAAGGUAGGGGACCACAAGGGGGAAGGUAGGGGAGCACAAGGGGAAUGUAGGGGAGCACAAGGGGAAGGUAGGGGACCACAAGGGGGAAAAUGUGUCUUUCAGACCGUUCUGUCGUUUGGGCCUGUGGAUCUGGAGGCUCGUAAUUUUGAAGGGCAGACUCCUCUACACUGCGCGGCCAUCUCCCACAGCGGCACGGUGAAGGCACUGGGCUCCGCGCCGCCCGCCAUGGGGGACCCCGUCCUGCAGGCCCAGGCCGAAGACAAGCUCUCCUGCCUGCAGCUGCUCAUCAGCUGUGGGGCCUCUCUGCUCAGCCAGGACAUCAAGAGCAAUAAGACUGUCCUACACCUGGCAGUGAAGGAGGGGAACAUCCAGCUGGUGCAUUACCUGCUGAGACUGACCCUGACAGACAUGCAAGCCUUUGUUAACAUGAAGGCACACGGCAACACUGCGCUGCACAUGGCGGCGGGCCUCCACAGCAGCUGCUGCCAGGAGGAGAUGAUCCGCCUGCUCCUGAGCCGCGGGGCGGACCCGAGCGUCCGCAACCUGGAGAACGACCAGCCGGCGCACCUGCUGCAGAGCGGGGAGAGGGGAGAGCAGCUCAAACUCAUCCUGAAAAAGCGACCUGCUUCCUCUCGUAGACGUAUUACAUCCUUACAGGACCAAGAGUGACUUGGACUACUUUCUAGUCCCAGCGUAUCCCUCCACCUCCACGGGGAGGGACAUCCACCGUAUCUUCUUAUGAGGAAGUGGCCAUAGAAAAGCACCUCUAAUUUAUUCUAGAGCAGAUUAUUUCACGCUGUCUAAUCGAUCGCACGUUUUACCCGUGGAUUACGUUUUCUUUUGUGGGGGAACAUCCUAUAAUUUAUUAACAUUCCUUUUUUGGAAUCAAAGCAAAUUAGUUUUGUAUUGUUGUUUUUGUACUUUCAGUCAGUUGGACAUGUGCACAGUUCUGUGAUGGAUGAGUAUAUCCGCUGUCCAAGGCCAUUGGUGCAUAAGGCCCAGUGGCUCCCGCCUUGGCCAAUAAGACUGCAGUUAGUUGCACGUGGGCAUCCAGCGUUUCAGUGGGCAGGCUCAUACUGUAUCCUAGAGGGCUGUAGUGUCUGCAGAGUUUCGUCAUUUCCCAUAAGUCAGCAGGGCACACACCGGAGAACAAGGUGUGCGACUCUGAGCCAAUCAGAGACUUAAGUUUAAUGGCGUAAGUGUGGAAACACCCCAGAAACAGGCAGACACUGUGGACCUCUGAUAGCAGACACUGUGGACCUAUAUAUAUAUAUAUAUAUAUAUUUUUAUAUAUAUAUAUAUAUAUAUAUAUAUAUAUAGAUUAGCCAGCUUUAAAAGCACUAGAGACAUGCAUGAGGCUGCCUUUCACCAGAAUCUCACCAUUUUGGUCAUCGUUUGUCUGUUUUGUGUCGCUGUGCGAUUGACAAGUGCAGGACUACUGAAGGAUAUGAAACAUCUUUAGAGAUUUUGUGUCUAAAAAACAGGGUCUAUUCACAGGCUCUAUAUACACCACAUAAUCUAAAAGAUUUUGGUGGUAUGCAAUAUGGAGAUCCUGGGGUUUAUAUCAUUAACUAGAAAAGAUUUUAUUGCCCAUACUGGGCAAUACUCAUGCUGAUACUCAUGCUCAUGCCGAAAGCAGACAAGCACAAGAGGUUCAAAUUAUACAAGUUGAAGACAAAUUCUGUGUAACGAAAUAUUUCAACGUGCUUGCUCUGUUAGUAAGCAGCAAGCAUGAGCUACUGAGUCCAUAGAUUUUGGCAAAAAUGAUCAAUUAAAAAUAACUCAAAAAUGAGGCUCAUAAGGUUGGGCACCUUAGUGUGCGUGACAUGUAAACCCGGUUAGCAGCAUCAGCGGUUCAGCUAACGCAGUGCCUCUGGCACGUGGGCGUUGCAUCACCUUCCCAGCCUCAGAGAAGUGCACUGGACGUGAUUAAAGCUAAACGAGGGGCUGACGUUUCGGUCCAGUGACCGUUUCCCCACAUUCACUCUCUCUCCCUCUCUCUCUCUCUCUCUCUCUCUCUCUCUCUCUCUCUCUCUCCCUCUCUCUCUCUCUCUCUCUCUCUCUCUCUCUCUCUCUCUCUCUC